UGUUGUUGUUGGUGUUGGUGGUGGUGUUAGUGAUAUAAACAGAUUAGUAACUAAGCAAAGUUUCAUAUUGUUUAAUCAUUUAUUUAUUUUUCAUUAUUUUUAAAAUAUUUUUUAUAUGCAUUCAAUAAUUAAAUCAAUUAUCAAAUUUAAAAGUAAAAUCAAUCAAUCAAAAAAGGAACCCAAUGAACAAAUCAUUCAUUCAAAAUAUCAAUUUAAUUAUUCAAUAAAUAAUAAUGAAUUACAAAAAAAUAAAAAAAAUAAUAGAAAAAUAACACGAAAAUCAUUAAUUAAUAGAUUACAUAAUAAGCAAUCAUCAAAUGAAAAAUCUAUAAAUCAAUAUAAUAAUAAUCAAUUAUCUAAUGAUAAAGAUGAUCAUUUAGAUGUAUUAGAUAAUCAUCAACAAAUUAAUGAUCAACUUAUGACAUCAUUAAAAUUAAUUAAAAGUCUACCUAAUUAUGAAGAUUUAUAUCAUGAUCAUAAUAAUAAUGAUAAUAUGAAUGAUUAUCAAGAAUAUAAACAAACUAUACAACAAAUUAAUUCUAUCUUAUCAAAUCCAAUAAUCAUUAAUCCAAAUUAUACAGAAGAAGAAUUAAAUAAAGAACUUGAAAAACUACUCCGAACAGUUUGAAUAAGAACAGGUCAUCUAAAUCAGUCAUAUUAAAUGUUGGAUUAACAGAAAAUCUUAACAAUAAGUGAGAAUAGUCUUUUCAUUCAAAAUGUACAUUCAUAAAACCUUCUUUGAAAUUGAAUACAUUUUUCUUUUUAAAUAUUCUGAUAUAAAAGUUUACAUAAAAUGUAUUCACUUCAAAGAUCUCAAUGUCUGGCAUAUAAGACAUCAGCUAGUAAUUAUGAAAGUUUAUGUUAUAACUGUGACUGCAGAUUAGAGGACAGUGACUUAUCGAUCGGAUUAAGGACGCGUGAAAUACGUUUGAGCAGCCUAGAGUUCUGAUUGGUCCCGCUUUUCUGUCCAUCCCAGCCAAUUUAGUCCAGAACGCAAGUAGCAGCCUCUGAGAUAUGCAUCGUUAUAUUACAAACAUUCUGAGUUUAUAUACUAAUCAAACAGACCACAACAUACCAAUAAAAUAUGAAACAACAUUUGUACAAGAAUUAGUCAGAUGUGGCUGUGAAUGAGGGAGAUAGAGACUAACUUUCUCCAAUAAUAUUGAUUCAUGGCAUGAAUUAAUUUAACCAUAUUUGAAAAUUGGUAUCAUUGCCAUGAUUGAAUUCGAUAGAUUUUCAAAUCAAUUGAGCAUUGGAUAGUAAGUUAAUCACAAGUAUAUUUCUGAUGUAAGUAUCUGGCCAAAUUUAUUCUGAAGAAGUAGUUCACAUUAAGUCACGAAACAUCAGAAAUACAACUUUUCUACUCAUUAGAAUACAACAAAAUAUAUAUUUAUUUCCAAAUU